AUGUCAUCGAAUAAAAUUCGUAAAUUAGAUGAAACAUUAAUUAAUCGUAUAGCUGCUGGUGAAGUUGUUGUUCGUCCGUGUUCAGCAAUUAAAGAAUUAAUUGAAAAUAGUUUAGAUGCUAGUUCACAUCAAAUACAUGUUUAUGUUAAACAGGGUGGUCUUAAACGAAUCGAAAUACGAGAUGAUGGUUGUGGAAUUUUAAAAGAUGAUUUACCAUUACUUUGUGAACGUUUUGCUACAUCAAAGUUAUCCUCAGUGGAUGAUCUCUAUCAAUUAAACACGUACGGAUUUCGUGGCGAAGCUUUGGCAAGUCUCAGUUAUGCAUCGCACUUAACAGUGAUAACUAAAGUUAAAGAUAGUCCGUGUGCGUAUACGUGCACAUACGAAGAUGGAAAGAUAAAGAAUCAAGUUAAACCGUGUGCAGGUACAAACGGUACAACUCUUAUUGUCGAAGAUUUAUUUUAUAACAAUUCGUUACGUUUAAAAAUGAUGAAAUCACUUGAUGAAUAUCAUCGUAUUGUUGAUUGUGUACAAAAGUUGGCUUUACGUAAUACUCAUGUAUCAUUUCAAUUGAAACAUGAUCAACAACUCGACUGUGAUAUUUUGACAUUACCUUCAACAACAUUAUAUCAAAAUAUGAAACAAUUAUAUGGACCAGAAAUUGUUCGAGAUAUGUACGAUAUAACAAUAUCAAAACAUGCACUCUAUUUAUUUGAAUGUAAAGCUUAUUUUACGGGUACAAAUUAUUCGUCAUCGAGUUCGAGUAAAUCGCAAGCAAUAUUUAUUCUAUUUAUUAAUGGAAGAUUAGUCGAUUGUCAACCGUUGAAAAAGCAAAUAUUGUCCAUGUAUGCAUUGUACGUAUCAAAAUCAACUUUACCCUUUGUUUAUGUCGAUUUACAAAUGGAACCAUCGACUCUUGAUGUUAAUAUUCAUCCAUCAAAAUCCGAGGUGAGAUUUUUAAAUUCAGAACAAAUUAUUCAAAUUAUUGUUAAACAAAUCGAAGAUGUACUCGUUCAAAAGUCAGCUAAACAUUCAACAACACAAUUGACAUUAACAGUGACACCUCAUUCAUUGGCAUUAACUCCACCAACUACAACAAAUUCUCCUACGGUUUCAAAAACAUCAAAAAAAUCUUCGAUCAAAAAAUUACAAACUUCUGCAUCAUCUGACCCUUCUCAAACAUAUUUGGAUCCACGUAAAAUGAUUCGUACCGAUAGUCGUGAUCAAACAUUAGAUAAAUUAAAAUAUCAUCGUUCGACAUCGUCAUCUUCUAAAAAGACAGACGAUACAGAAGAAAAUGAAUAUCAAUCACCCUUAGCUCAAAUACAAUUUGAUCGUCAAAUUAAAUUAUCAUCUAUUUUAGAAUUGAAACAAUCAAUAGAUGAUGUAUGUGAUCAAAUAUUAGAAGAUAUUAUAAAAGAAUUUGUCUAUGUGGGUGCAUGUGAUCAUAAAUAUUCUCUCAUUCAAUAUCAGACACAGUUGUAUUUAUGUGAUACGAGACAAUUGAGUCAAGAAUUAUUUUAUCAAUUAUCUAUUUAUCAUUUUGGUAAUAUGGGCACUAUUAAACUUGAACAACAACCAAAAAUUGAAGAACUUAUUCGCUUUGAUUUACAAUUAGAUCCAGAAACAUUUAAUCAUCGACCAGACAAGAAUAUCAGUGAAGAUGAUAUUGUUGCGUAUUGUUUGGAAUUUUUUAGCGAAAAAUCUGAAAUGCUAGCAGAUUAUUAUUCGCUGAGUGUUUCAUCUGAUGGUCGACUAGAAACAUUACCAUUGUUAUUAGAAAAUUAUGUACCAAAUCUUGAUUAUUUACCACAAUAUUUAUUAAGAUUAAUAAUUAAUGUCAAUUGGGAUGAUGAAAAAGAGUGUUUUCAUACUUUAAGUGAAGAAACAGCCAAAUUCUACGCUUAUAGACCACCACUUGAUCAGGAUGAUGACAGUAAUGAUGAUGACAAUGAAAAUGAUGAUAAAACAAAUUGGAAAUGGUGUGUUGAACAUGUACUCUAUCAUUCAUUUAAAACAAUGUUAUUACCCAGUAAACAUUUGAAACAAGCGUUUGUUAAAUUAACACAAGUUUCACAAUUGUAUAAAGUAUUUGAAAGAUGUUAA